AUGGCUUCUGACAUUACGCCGGCCAUGCCACCGCCGGCGGGGGUGACAUCCAACUUCGUCGACCCGCCGCAUAAGAGCACGCCUUUUCUAGUCGUGAAUUGUAUUUUCUUGCCAUUGGCCAUCAUCGGGCUGGCAAUCAGAACAUGGACUCGAUUGUACAUUGUGCGCAGCUUUCGAUCUGAUGACUAUUUCAUGAUUAUCGCCCUCCUUUUAUCAUGUGUUCUCAGUGGUGUCACCUUAGAAAUGCUCGAUUGGGGUCUCGGCAGGCACAUGUGGGAUGUCCCGGCGGCAUACCUCUCGCCGAUGUUCGCCAAGUUGAACCUGGUCUCUGCCAUAGUCUAUUGUGCCGCAACGGGAUUUACGAAAACCUCCGUCCUGGUGUUCUACCUUCGCAUCUUUCCGAGCCGAAACUUCCACAUUGCUGUCUGGGCCAUCGUGUUUGUCGCCGUGGGAUACAGUCUCGCUAGCGUUCUCUCCAACCUGUUCAGCUGUACCCCGGUUGCCAAAUCAUGGGAUGCGACAAUCACCACGGGCCAUUGCAUGAAUCGACCAGUGUUUUAUUUUGCGAACGCCGGACUGGGAAUCUUUACCGACUUUGCGACUGUUAUUGUUCCAAUACCAUGGCUUCGUAGAUUGCAAAUGCCACUACGACAGAAGAUUGCGGUCAGCGCGAUCUUAGCUAUGGGCUGCUUCGUGGGUGUUGUGAGCUGUAUUCGGCUAGCAUCCCUUUACACUCUUUUGAGAAGCCCUGACCUUACAUGGGCAACUACCGAUGCUCUAAUGUGGUGCUGCAUUGAGUUGAAUCUGGGGAUCUUUGGCGGCUGUGUGACUGCAAUCAGGCCAUUCGCUCGACGAUACUUCCCUCGCUUGCUGGGCCUCUCCUCCUCGGACGAUACCUCCAAAUCCCGCAAGUACGGCCACCAGCUUGGCUCUUAUCCACAUAGCGUUCGCCCAGACUUUACCGGACGCAGCCAUCACCAGUACUCCGCCACCCUCACCACCAAUAGCAAAGCACCGGAUAAUGAAAGUGAAGAGCACAUCUUGUCGCCGGGCCUCAGCGUUGGAAAGGAUGAAGGCAUUGUUCGGACCGUUGAGUUUGAUAUCGAAAAUGUAUCGAGCUCACGAGUCCAAAUGCACUAA